GGACGACCAAAUCCUUAUUGAUAAAAUAUUACCAAGCCCAUUAUGUACUCGAGAAUCUAAUUGAUAAGUCCUUCUGCAUUUCUGUGGCGGGUGAUAUUGGUGAGGGGAUUUACGUGCACGACUUGCUAAGGGAAACAGCUUGGAGCAUUGUUAAUGAAGAAUCAAAACUGGGAAACCGCACCAUGUUGAAGAAUGCUGAUGAUAUUCACCAACUACUAACAAGAAGCUCGUCCUUAAAUGGAGGUAGAGUCACUGAGGGCAUAUAUUUGGACCUUUCUGAAGUCAAUGAGAUGCGUCUGGAAGCCAAAGCCUUCGAUGGGAUGACUUCUCUUAGAUGUCUCAAGUUCCUCUGUCCAAGAAAUGAGAAUGGAGCUAUCAAAGUUCGUGUACCAUAUGGUGGCCUCGACUUCCUUCCUGACAGCCUAAGGUGGUUGCGGUGGGACAUAUUCCCUUCCAAAUAUCUGCCGUCAACAUUUUCUCCUGAAAAGCUCGUCACACUUUCUCUACGUGGUAGCCCAAUACUGGAAAGAUGCUGGGAAGUUGAGCCGCCGCUUGUGAAUCUAGUGUGGCUUGACCUCUCCCACUGCAUAAAUUUAGUUGCAAUCCCGAACCUGUCAGGGUCUCAGAAGUUGGAGUACCUACUUCUCCAGGGGUGUAAAAGCCUUAUUGAGAUCCCAUCUCAUCUUCAAGAUCUGGACAAGCUUGUAGCAGUGUUCCUUGAUGAUUGUACAAAUCUGAGGAGCCUUCCGCCCAAAUUCAACUCGAAGUUCUUCAAGUCUCUUUGGUUGGCCAACUGUCCCAAGAUUACUCGUUGUCCAGAGAUUAAUUCAGGAGAGUUGGUGUCUUUGAAUUUACUGGAGACUCCCAUCAUAGCCUUGCCGAGUGCAAUUCAUGAUAUCAAGCAAGGUGGCCGGCUAUAUCUAUGCGGUGAACACAUUGCCAGCUUCCCUGUGAUUUUAACAAGCUUGAAAGAGUUUCGGUUGUGCCAUACCAGAAUAAGAGAAAUGGAUUGUUAUGACUAUGAUGAUGAUCAGCAGGAUUCUUUGCCAAGAUUUGUUCGAUUGGAUUUGGUCUGCAACCCCCAACUCAAGGGCUUGUCAAGGAAUAUAUGGAAGAUGGUCUCUCAAACUCUCACUCUCCAGAAUUGCCCGUUGAUUGAAACUUUGCCAGAAAUCUCACAGCCUGUGACUGAAUUAACUCAGCUUAGUAUAACAGGAAGUCGAAACCUGAAGAGUUUCCCUACUGGUAUCAACAAUCUGAACUCCUUGCAGCAGCUUGACUUUGAUGGCACGGCUAUUAAGUCUCUGCCUUCUGCUCUCCUGGAACUUGACCAACUCUCCAUUUUGAAUUUGUCUUUCAACAAAAGCCUGGAGUUUAUUCCGAGCGAUAUCAACAAACUCGCCAAGCUAUCCUUGUUGUGCUUAGCAGGCUGUUCAAGGAUUCUAUCGUUGCCGGACCUCCCACCCAAUCUUCUAACUUUGACUGUAAGUGGUUGCGAAUUGUUACAAGCCUUACCAAGCAACAUACGCAGACUGAGAUGGAAGGAUUUGUACUUUGAAGAUUGCUCCCAAUUGGACACGAAUCUGCCUAAAGAAAUACUGAAUAAUUUCCCUGAUCAUGCAGCAUCCAAUCUACAUCCUCAGGGUGUUCUUCAAUACUCGGGGAGUGAGUUUCCGGAAUGGUUUGCCUACACAAGCGUGGAUUAUAAGAAUGAUUCAUGUAUGAUGGUGCAAUUGCCUCCUCCAAACUCCACCAUCACACGGUCAAUCAAAGGGAUUGCAUUCGGUGUUGUGUGUUCUUCUGAUAUUGGGCUCAUUCUGAUGUCUAUCACUUGGGAGGCCAACUUUGGCACCAGUGCGGCUGCCUCUUGGAGUUCUCCUGGUUCUGGUUUUGGUUUUGGUCUGACCCAAUCCGACAAUGUAUUUAUAUGGUAUGAGAAGAACUUGUUAGGUGAGAUCAAGAAAGGAAUACCAGAAGAAGCAGAACCUUGGUAUGAGAGAUAUGCUGGGCGCGCUGUUUCAUUCAGGUUUUCCGUUCAACCAGUGAAGGGAGAAGAUCCGGAGAAAUUAAAGAGCAUCAAAAUCAAAACUAUUGGCGUCUCUCUACUGUACUAACUGCUUGCUAGCUCAUAGUUUGAUGGGAAUGAGGAAAAUGGACAAAGGAUUGGCGUCCCGUUUUAAACUUUCUUCGUACGCAUUUUGUGAUUUGCUGUGUAUUCGUAUCAGAAUUGUUGAUUUGCUUUUCAGGUGUUCAACAAUUUCAAAAUCUCAUAUAUCAUGCGAGCAGAAUAUAGAAGUUCAUUUCGGACCAUUCCAACUUAUUGGAAGAUGUCAGUGGUGAAAGCUAAGGUUGAAGUUGGUGGGCGUAUAAGUGAAAGUGCAAUCCAAAUCAUCAUCUGCAAUAUCCACAUUUUAAUCAACAGGGCGUCUGUGUCGGAUAUAUCCCGAUAUUAGGACUGGCUUGAUGGCAACUAAGGUCGUGCAUUUCUGUGGUCUGUUAAGACGUAUCAGUCUCCAGGAUGGUGAAGAAGACUACGUGUGCUUCAAUAAAUAUGCUGGGCUCGCUGUUUUCAUUCCGAUGUGUGGCUGUUGUGGAAUUUGGAGGUGUCACUACUCCCCAUCAUGUAAAAGAAUGUGGCAUCCCUACAGCAGUUCACUUCUGAUCAUGAUUCUUGCUUGUUGUCAUUACUUCGAAAUGGUCAUUCCUCUGCUUCGAAAUGGUAUAAAUCUUUUCAUUUUUA